UACGUAUGCCUAGGAACUGCAGGAAAGCAAGCCAGCUCUAUACCAAGCAGUCGUUCCCAGCUGGUUGGAAGGAUGGCAAGGCAAAUGUGAAGUCCAUCAUGGCGAAGUUUAAUAACAACGCAGCUGAGGAUGUUCAUUGCCAUCAGGUCAGAACUGGGGGGCACCCUCCUUUGGCUAAAAAAGCAGCCUUUGAGAAGUUCGCCCAGCUUGAAAAUGCUGGUCUGUCUUCCAAACCCAACAGCUUUUACAAGCCAACAUUGCAUAAAUUGCCUCCGAGCACAAAACCUGGUCUUCAUGAUGCAUCAGGCAAGGAUUUUAAAACACCACCUUUGCAAAACAGCCCUGUGGCCAGCAAGGUGAAGAUGCUAGCUGAGGCUGCUAGCCGAGAAGCUAAUGAAAAAACUACCUAUCCAAAGCCUUCAGUUCCCAAGAUUUCUGAAGGACUAAGAGAAGAAACCAAGCCAGUGUUCCCAAAGAUUCCUGAGAAGAAGCUAUCUGGCUCUCCUCCUCACAAGAAUGAACCAAAGCCUUUAGAGCAGAGAUUGUUCAAACCUGAACCCCGAGGAAGUGAAGCAAAGCCUGCCUUUCCCACAGUCGCUGGAGUUAAAGAAAAAUUCAACAGCACUGCUCAGGAAAACAACUCCAAGCCUCUUUUUCCAAAGCCACCUAUUAAGCAAAAACCAAGUCAAAGUUUCACCCAAGAUGAGGAGGUUUCCAACAAAAGUGCUAGUUUCAAUCAGGUAUCACCAAGUUCCAGCGGCCUCAAGUCGAAAGCUGGUUCCAUCCGACCCCUCAAAGAUCCACAGGACAAGAGCAGAAAUGAAAGUCAUCCCAUCAUCCCUUUCCCACCUUUGAAACCUGUCAGCAACCAGAACAACCUGCCUCAAAUCCUCCCUAAAUCUGUUGGGCAGCAGAAUGAAGAGGCAAAACCAAAACCCAUCAAGAAUAUUUUCCUACAAAACAAACAAGAGGAUUCUGGAUCUACUUCUGGUACCAUUGCUGCUAAAUUGGCCAAUUCAUCUCGAACAGUUAAGGCAGGACCUUGGGCCAAUAAUACUGGAAAAGAAGACAAAGACAAAGACAAGAAUUUGCCCAGACGAAAAACACUACCUUCAACAAUUGCAUUGGGACAAGCCCCACAAAAGCCUAACAGGCCUCCAACAGUUGACUUGGAAAAAUUCAGGAGAAGUCAUGGGGAAGGUUCCAGUUCAUCCAAUUCAGCAGGUUUGCCUCCCCCACUUCCGCCACCCAUUCAUGCCACACAGUCUACAGAUUUAUCGUCACCCCCACCUCCUCCUCCCCCUCCUCCAGGUUUCCGUCCAUCAACACAAACUCCUGUUCUCCCCCCAAGGGGGAACAUCCCAUCCAGACCUGAUUUAAGAGGCCAAGAAAAUGAAGAAAAUUAUGAUGAUGUUGGAUUUGGUUCAGAAGAUACUGGGAAUGCAGAUGAAAACAGCGAUGGAGAAAUGUAUGAAGACAUAAAUGAGAUGAGAUUUACAUCACAAGAAGAGGAAAAAAAGAAAGAGAAGGAGGAAAAGAAAAAAUCUGAUCAAAAGAAAGAACAAAGGGAUAAGGAUAAAAAGGAGCAAGAACUCAGAAAGAAAUUCAAGCUAGAAGGUCCCAUUGAAGUUAUUCACCAGGCACGAGCUUCCACAGACUUCAAAGGAGGAAAGUAUGAUCUGUCAUUCAAACAAGGAGAUCUAAUUGAAAUACUUCGCAUCACAGACAAUCCAGAAGGGAAAUGGUUAGGAAGAUUAAAAGGCUCAUAUGGCUACAUUAAAACUACCAUGGUGGCAAUUGACUAUGAUACAUUAAAAAGGAAGCCACGGCCUCCCGUGCACGUUCAGUCAAAGCACUCAGACAGUGAUCAAGAAGUAUAUGAUGAUGUCGGAGACCACGAUAGUAUCAGCAGUGGAAGUCAGAGUACGGGAGGGUUUCCGCCCCCUCCCCCAGAUGACAUUUACGAUGGUGUAGAAGAUGAUGAGAUUCCAGCCAAAUCUGUGUCUCAGGAUGAAGAGAAGAGUGACACCUGGUCCAAGGGGCUUUUGAAGAUUUUAAAGGGAAAAGAUUACCAAAAGAAAAGUAUGCGAGAGGCAGCAUCCAAAGUCAAUGUGACAGAAGAUGAAAAUUCCUUAAGAAGUCCUUCAGCAAAACAAACAGGGAAGGAUUCUGGAGACAGUGAUGUUUACGAUGAUGUUGAAUCCACUGACUUCCCUCCCCCACCAAAAGAAAUUAGCCUCGGGAAAAAUAUAAUAUCUUUGAACUUUGGGAGGGGCAGAUCUGAUGAACGUGAUUCACAGAAGUUUAAGAAGAUUGACAAAGAAGAGAAAGAUUUUCGGAAAAAAUUCAAAUAUGAAGGUGAUAUUCGAGUUCUGUAUACUACUGCUAUAUCUAAAGCACCAACCCCAAAGAAAAGAGGUUCCAAAGAUUUGCAAGUCAAGCCAGGAGAACUGGUUGAGGUUAUUCAAGAUGUGGAUGAUACUAAAGUGCUUUGUAGGAAUGAAGAAGGAAAAUAUGGCUACGUCCAAAGAAGCUGUCUAGUGCAUGAUGAUGAAGAAAUAUAUGAUGAUAUUGCAGAUGAUUUAUAUGACAAUGAUUAGCUCCAGGCCUCAUCUUGGCACAGUCCUCAUCUUUUCUGAUUGGUGGAUACAAGAGAGAAAGUUAUUAUUCAGAUUUAGGAUUUAUGUGUAUGUACAAAAGAUUUGGUUAAGCUAUCCCACCAGUUUCUGGACUGUGAAGCAGGUUUUAUCACAGAAGCAUGAUAACAUUACACAAAUAUGUUCUUGAUUUGCAACCAUCAGCCAAAUCUUCAAAUCGGAACGUUAUUAAAUCAAUGCUGGGUGUGGGAUAACUUGACAGCUUUCUUUUGCAAAUCCCCCAACACAAUCCAAAAUAUUCUAUUUAGCAUGCUACAGAUUAAAUCAGCAAAUUGCAUGUACAAUACUCCUUCUCAUAUUCAUACAAUGGGCUUUGGAAAUAUCCCAAUGUGCCCACAGACGUGAUACCUGUCCUUCAUAUGUUUUAAGUUAUUUUUAUCUAGUCAUUGUACCACAGAACCGUAGAAUUGGAAGCAGCCAACCUGCUAUUGAACUUUUUUGUAAUAUUCAGGCAGAAUCCGCCUUCCUAUAACUCAGAAAUGGGCCACCAAUAUCUUGCAGUUGUGCCUCUGAAAUUCAGUGGGAAAACAGCUGAAUUUUAGAAGCAAAGUUUCAACUUGUUUGUUUGGUUGGUUUUUUAAAGAUUUGAAAUGAUUUUAAGACUGGAAAUGAAAAGGGUUCAUCUCUAGGAAGAUUUCUGUUCCCAUCUCCAUCCUUAAAAUCUCCCCAAAAGCUAAAGAAUGAACCAUGCCUCCUCUAGUAAUGUCACAUUAUUGGAUUGACUCCUGUGGAUCUUUCAGAAAUUGAGAUGUGGCUAUUCUUCCUUCAAACAUUGUUCAUCUCCAUUUGAAAGUUAAGACAAGUCUUCCAUUUUACACUAGGAUGAUAGAGAGCAGAACCUGGCUUUUUUAAAACUCAACAUCCCUUCCAGUAUUAGAAGAACAAUAUCAUUUCCCCUCCCAGUUUUCUCACAGUCCCUCAAAACUGAAAGUCCUUUCAAAAUGCUUGUUGCCUUUUUAUUCACCUAGCUGGAUUUUUCUAAAUCUUUCUUUAAAAAUGACUAUCAAAACAGAAAAAAAGCACAAAACUAGUAGUAAUUCUCCACCUCACUUUUUUGUUUUAAAGAAAAGAAAAUUGCUACCUCAAAUAGUAGCAAUUUUUUUAAAGGUUUUUUUUUUAUCCCUUCUGAAUUUCCUGACUUUUCAGAUACAUUUGGGUUCCUUCUGUAUCAUGUUAACCUUUUACUUCAGUCCCAAAUCUUCAAACAGAAUAUUUCUGAGGGGGGGAGGGAAGAUGCUCUGACCUUUUGAUCAAUUUAGCUACCCUUUUAAGGGCCUUUUCAGUAGAACAAUUCUAUUUUUAAGAAUAAUGAACAAUAUUCUAAAAAAGUUCACCCCAUAAAUUUUCCUAAAGGCAUUAUCAUAUUGUCCUUGCAUUUUAUUUCAUCUUUCUUAAUGCCCCCAAAAAUAAAAUUGGCUUUUUUGAGAACAGCUGUACAGACCAGCCAAACAUGUUUUACAAAUAAAGAAUAUUUGUAGCUCAGGGUUGAAAUGAGGGGUCCUUGAUGCUCUCUGAGCUUGCUUCUCUUCUUGCAAACGUUUCAUUACCCUAACUAGGUAAC